GAGCCAACCUUCACCCCAACCUCUCUCCCUCACACCCAGCCCUUCGUCUGAAUGGAUUUCAUUUAAAUACUCCCUAGUGGGCUCUAGGAUUCUCCUGCCCCUUCCCAGAAAGCCAGGGGAAAGAGAAAUCCACCCCCACUUCAGCUGGCUCAACCUCUUCCACCCAAAGCUCAUGCAGGAAACCAGAAAGGGGCUCAGAUCUGCCCAGACAUUUCCAGUGCCAGUUCUGUCACUCCAACUGGGGCUGAGAUUGCCGUUAAGUCCGAGGAACCACCAAGAUUCCCCAGCUCUAAAUUGAUGAUCUGGUGAUGAUAAUGGUGAAAACAAGAAGAGUGAUUGUCAGCUUGGAUUUGGGAAAAGCACUGGUUCUGAAGGCAAGGAUCCUCAGUUCGAAUCCUGUCUCUGAUGCAUACUUCCUGUACAACCUUGAUUUUUACUUGGACCUCAGCUUACAACCAGCUUCAGAUGACAUAGACCAGAGACAGCUUCCUCAGAUCUUCAGGACACACAGCACACAGCAGUAACAGAGGAUUGGCUCAAACUCCCAGGACUUGGCCACCACACCCUCCAGGAUCAAAUCCAGAGAGAGCCAGCCAGUCUAGCCAUCCCUGAGGUUUUUCCAGCUUAACCCCCUUUUCCAAGAUUCCAGAAUUCUCUCUUCUGCUAGUCUCAUGCCACUGUGUUCUGCAAACCUAACUCAUCUUUCCCAUAUAACAGGCCAGUCCCUUCCUGAGAGGGAAUCCCCUCUACCAACACCUCUGAUGAGUUGGUCAUUUGUCCAGAUUCCUACAAAUGUCAAGAGUUCUUGGUCAUACCUACACAGAGCAAUGGGCUUACUCUUUUUUUUUUCCAAAUUAACUUGGAAGAGAGGCAUGAUUAGCUUGACAAAGCUGUGAUCCAAGGUCGAUAACUUCUAAUUGAUAGUUUGGAUGGCCAGUCUUUUUCAGCACAAAGACGAAACGGACUUUACAACAUAGAAUACCAGGCCUGGAUCCUUAGACCAUACAAGCCUUGGAAGGGAGUUUAGAACACAGGACCUCCGAAGAUCCAAGCCAAUUUAAUUAUCUAUGAGAAAACUGAGGCCCAUGAAGCUGAAGUGAUAUAUUCAAGGGCAUUCGAAUGGAAAGAGGAACUGCUCACUUUACUGCCUCAGCAGGGGCUGGUCUGCUGCUUCAUUUCUCAAGCUCUUUUGCCGGUGAUUAGAUCUCUCUGUGAGUUCUGGAUUUACUGGAAUCAUGAACUGUUUGAAAGGUGUCCUUCUCUUCUGGACAGUCCUUGUGUUGGGGAAAGAGAAAGAUGCUCCCCUGGAGAAGCCCCACCAGUUUGGAUGGCAGGAAUGCAGGAAAUCCUUGAACCUCUCAGUUCUGGAAGUAUUACCUGGUGGGGGCUGGGAUAAUCUGAGGAAUGUAGACAUGGGAAGGGUGCUGGACUUGGUUUACAGCAAUUGCCAGACCACAGAAGAUGGACAGUAUAUCAUCCCAGAUGAAAUCUUGACAAUUCCCCGGAAACAGAGCAACUUGGAGUUGAACUCUGAAAUCAUAGAGUCCUGGAUGAAUUACCAAAGCACCACCUCCUCCUCCAUCAACACAGAGAUCUCCCUUUUCUCCAUGGCCAAUGGCAAGUUCUCCAUUGAGUUCCAGAAGAUGAAGACCCAUCAGGUGAAGCAACAAGCUGUGACUACCAGGGUCCAGGUGAGAAACCUGGUCUACACAGCCAAAAUCAACCCCAUUUCACAGCUAAGCAGGGGAUUCAAGAAAGAGCUCAUGGAUAUUUCUGAUCGACUAGAGAACAACCAGACUCGGAUGGCUAACUUCAUGGCAGAACUCCUGGUCCUCAGCUAUGGAACUCAUGUCAUCACUAGCGUGGAUGCCGGGGCCAUCCUAGUACAAGAAGAUCACAUUAAGUCUUCCUUCUUAGAAGACAGCCAGUCUACCCGUAGCAGCAUUACGGCGUCUGCUGGGGUAGCAUUCCACAAUAUCAUCAACUUCAAAGCAGAAGAUAGCCAUGUCUCCCAAGAUGCCUUCGUCAAGAACUACCUCUCCAACCGAACCAACUCUAGGGUUGCAAGCAUUGGUGGGGUCCCUUUUUACCCAGGCAUCACCCUAGAGGGCUGGCAAAAGACCAUUAAAAACCACUUGGUUGCCAUAGACCGCUCUGGUUUGCCGCUGUAUUUCUUCGUCAACUCUGACACUUUGCCCGAUUUGCCAGCCCCCUUGGUGAAGAAGCUUUCCAAAACUGUGGAAGCUGCAGUGAGGCGUUACUAUACCUUCAAUACCUACCCUGGCUGCACCAACAAAGAUUCCCCCAACUUCAACUUCCAAGCCAAUACAGACGAUGGGUCGUGUGAAGGGAAAAUGACCAACUUCACCUUUGGGGGAGUUUACCAGGAGUGCACCCAGCUUUCGGGGAUGGAGGCUGUGCUUCUGUGCUCAGAACUGGAGCAGAAAAAUCCACUCACCGGGGAAUUCUCCUGCCCAGAAAACUACUCCCCAGUCCUAUUACAUUCCCAUUUUAAAGAGGAAGGCUACAACUUCCUGGAAUGCCACCGAAAAUGCAGCCUGUGGGUUUUCUGUAAAAAAGAGUGUGAGGAUGUGUUCCGAGUGGCAAGGGCUGAAUUCAGAGGUUUCUGGUGUGUCGCAAAUGGCCAGGUGCCGGAGAAUUCAGGCUUUCUUUUUGGUGGUCUCUUUAGUGGCAGGAGCAUCAAUCCUGUGACCAAUGCCCAGUCAUGCCCAGCUAGUUAUUUGCCAUUGAGACUCUUAGACGGUCUCAAGGUUUGCAUCAGCCAAGACUACGAGCUGGGCUACAAGUUCGCUGUGCCCUUUGGUGGUUUCUUCAGUUGUGAUGUGGGGAAUCCUUUGGUGAACUCGUCCCAUACCAACAAUCAAGGUGGACCUUACGUGAAAAAGUGUCCGGCAGGUUUCAGCCAGCACCUUGCUCUGAUCAGCGAUGGCUGCCAAGUAUCCUACUGUGUCAAAGCGGGGCUCUUUACCGGGGACUCUCUGCCUCCUGCAAGACUGCCUCCCUUCUCCAGACCACCUCUCAUGAGCCAAGCUGCCACCAAUACUGUGAUGGUUAUCAACAACGAGAGUGAGAAGUCCUGGAUCAAGGAUUCCAGCACCCAUCUGUGGAAACUGGCAGAUCCUUCUGAGGUCCGAAGGACCAUAAAGCUCAUCCAUGGGACUGAAGGUACUUUAUCUGGUGGGGCAACAGCUGGGAUCACAGCUGGCGUGACAGUUGUCCUGGCAGCCCUGAUCACCCUGGCCAUCUAUGGCACCCGUAGGUAUAAGAAACGGGAAUAUGAAGAAGUAGGAGAAGAGAAUAGAAGUCUGAUGGAGGCUGCUGAUGAAUAUAGGGUAUCCAAAGAAGUGGGAGUCCCACGUGAGCUAAGCCAAGAGGGGUGCCCUUCUCCAGUCUAAAUUUCUGCCUGAGAAUCAUUUGACCUAAUCCCAGUCCAGACCUCAAAGUUCUUCCUCUACUCUGACUUCUCCUCUCCCAUUCUAGUUAGUUGGCUGCCCUUGCUGUCUCGGGAAAUAAGAAAGCAAAUAACAAAUAUGCCUGGGACCAUCUUUUCUCUAUGGGUGGCUUAAGGAGAGGCAUGGAGUUACUGCUUUGAUUCUCCUUAAUCUUUCUGAGCCUCAGUUUCUCCCUGGCUCCUGGAGAGGGCUGGAUUGGACUAUAGUGCCAUCUAGGUGCUACAGUUUUCUCAUGUCUAGGUACUGUGAAUGACUCAUUUUAUAUGGCCCCCUCAAGGGCCCGGAUUUACAUUUUAUGUUUUCAGUCUUAAAGAUGGGGGAAGGAUCUUAGGAUGGGAAGCUGAUUUCAAGAUUUCAUGGUCUAAUGUCUCUCAUUAACAUUCUACAUCCCCGCCAGGCUCAGAACAGAGAGUGUCCAUCCAGAAGAGACUUUGGAAUGUAGACUAUUGGGCUAUCGAAUGUCAGAACAGAACAUAGGGUUAAGGGGGCUGUUGGCAUUUUGGGGCCCCUCUCAGCAUGGACAGUCUAUGUGAAAUCAGCUUAGCUUAUAUGAAGGGGAAGAAGGAGGAAGAGAAAAGAAAUGCUUGUAACUGAAAAAUAAAAUUUAAGACGUCAUUCAACAAA